AUGUUGACCAACAUCCUAGCGCCAAAGCAAUGUACCUACAAAUAUUCCUAUACCACCGUGCAGGAGUUCGUGGACUUCUGCCAAAAGCUCACUCGCUUCGGGGAGUUCGGAGUUUAUAGCUUUCUGGGUUAUCUGAAUUCUCGAGAGGCGACAACCCUCCUGGCUCAAUCGAUCACUACCGAAGAUCACCAGCAGAUGAUCUUCCGCGGAUUCGAAGGCUACUUUCCCAUGCCUCCGGACUCGCAGGCGUAUGCUGGUGAUCUAGCUAUCAAUGACCUCAUGUUUAUUGCCAUUAUGGACAUGAACCCGCACAUUGCCGUGUUCAAUCUCAGCACGAUCAACCCACCUAUGGUUGCUGGACCGACUCUUCACCAAGCUGGUUAG